AUGUUGGGCAGUUUCAUUGUCUUCAAAACAUCAGCACAACUUGAUAAGAGGUUUUGUUCUCAAGCUUGCCUCUUAAAAGCAGCCAACUUUUUUAUUGGACCAGAUGGUAGUGGUUUCUUUUUUAUGGAAGCCCAACAACAGAACUUAUACAAGAAGCUCGUUUGUCAACACAAUUACGUGAAGUCAAUUUUUGAGAAGUCAAAGCAAGAAGUUCACUCUUUCCAAUUCAUUUUCAAAGAAGAUGAUGCAAGCCAAUGCAUGGACAUGGCCUUGAAGAACGAACUACAGAAAAAAGGCCGGAAACGCAAACUUCGAGAGGAUGAAAUUGCUUCUCCAACCACUGGACCUGUAUAUAAAUGGAUACCAGAGCCGGAGCGUACGGUUAUAUCUACAGAUGUCAUGGGCACCAGGGGUCGUUUCUUGAAUGCAGAUGCUAGUAUAAAUAUUGGCAGCUCAUACAAUCGGAAGAGUCGUAAUCUUGUUGACUUGGAUCUUAACGUUCUGGAUGUUAGAGAUCAUCUUAUUAUAACUGAUUACAGACAUGGAAAGAUGUUAGAACUGUUCAAAAGAGUCAACAUCAACAUUCCUUUUCUUGAGGCAAUUAAGCAAAUCCCUGCAUAUGCCAAAUUCCUCAAAGACUUGUGCACUCAAAAGCGCAAGAUUAAUGUGCACAAACGUGCUUUCUUAGCUGAACAGGUGAGUUCCAUCAUUCUGAACAAAACUCCACCUAAGUUUAGGGACCCAGGUUGUCCAACAAUUUCUUGCACUAUAGGAAACCACAUGGUCAAUAAAGCUUUAUUAGAUCUAGGUGCAAGUGUGAACCUCCUGCCAUAUUCUGUUUAUGCGCAGUUAGGUCUUGGAGAAUUGAAGCCAACACCCAUAACUCUCCAAUUGGCGGACCGAUCCGUCAAAGUCCCUCGAGGUGUAAUUGAGGAUGUUUUAAUUAAGGUUGAUAAGUUCUACUUUCCUGUAGACUUUAUUGUCUUAGACACUCAACCUGUACAAAACCCGGAUAGUCACAUUCCUGUCAUUUUAGGACGUCCUUUCUUGGCGACGUCUAAUGCGAUCAUCAAUUGUCGUAAUGGAGUGUUGAAGCUGUCUUUUGGAAACAUGACUGUAGAGCUGAAUGUGUUUAAUGUUAGUCAACAUCAUGUGAAUCUUGAUGAUGAGGAUGUACAUGAGGUCAAUAUGAUUGAGAGUUUGAUACAAGAUUCAUUGACUGGUAUUAUGUCAAAAGAUCCCUUGCAAGCAUGUUUGGAAGAUGUUAACUUGGAGUUGUAUGAUGAUGAAUACAUUGGUGAAGUCCAAUCUUUGCUCGAAUCUGUACCUCAAAUGGACAUCACUAAAUGGCAGACUACAGUGGAACAACUCCCACUUUCUGAGAAGUCUGUUAUAUCUUCGGAUGAGUCUCCUAAGGCCAAACAGGAAUUGAAACCAUUACCUGAUACUUUGAAGUAUGCAUUUCUAGGUCCUUCUGAUACUUUACCUGUUAUCAUUUCUUCACGAUUAAACAUAGAACAGGAAAACAAAAUGCCCUCACAUUGGUCGAGACAAGACCGCUCCAAGUUCUUGGCUGAAGUUAAACAUUUCCUUUGGGAUGACCCAUAUUUGUUUAAGUACUGCCGAGACCAAAUCAUUAGGAGAUGUGUGCCCGACAUGGAGGCCUAUAGAACAGCUUAUAAGACACCAAUUGGCAUGUCCCCUUAUCGUCUAGUGUAUGGAAAGCCAUGUCAUCUUCCUGUGGAAUUAGAACAUCGAGCUUACUGGGCU